CGCAAAUUCCGGAAAUUGUUUAUCUCCUUAUUAUUAGCUAUGAUGGUUGAUAAGCUUAGAAGAAGAAGUAAACAGAUAGUGUGAUUCUGGUUUCCAUUGAGGCUAACUCAUAGGGUGUGUUUGGCAUGAAAAAAAGAAGAAGAAGUUUUCCACCGAAAAUGUUUUUAGAAAAUAAGUUCUUGGCGAUUAUUGUUUUAUGAUGCCUCCUAAGGAAAGAAAGCGUUGUCGAAGUUUACCUCUUGAUGUCCUCAGCAACCUUCCGGAUAAUGUAAUCGAUAUCAUUCUGAUGUGUUUGCCUUGUAAAGAUGCUGUGAGGACAAGCAUCUUAUCAAUGAAAUGGAGGUACCAUUGGUGUAGACUUACAGAAUUGACUCUUGAUGAAUCUCUUUGGGAAACACAAAAGGAUUUACAAAACCCUACCGUUAAAUUUACAAAGAUUAUCUAUCAGCUUUUGUCCCUUCAUGAAGGACCCAUUACUAAGUUUACCCUAAAAAUUGAUUUUCUAAAAGAAAGUUGUCCUACGAUUGACAACUUUAUAUAUUUCCUCUCUAGAAAUUACAUUCAAGAUCUUGUUCUUCACCUUCCAUGGAGAAAGCUAUACAAAUUGCCUUCUUCACUUUUCACAUGUUCGCAGCUGAGACAUCUAAAUCUUCAUUAUUGCUCAAUACAUCAUCCAUUGAACUUUCAAGGAUUUGAUAGGUUAAUUAGCCUGGAACUAUGUGGAGUCGCAAUUUCUUCUGAAUUGCUGGAAAGUUUAAUAUCUCAUUGCCCAUUGCUUGAGCAGUUGGUCCUGGAUACUGCAGGAAAUUCAGACAAAAUUUUAAUAAAUGCCCCCAUGUUGAGAUCGUUUGAUGUCAGAGGCGAUAUCAGUUCUAUUUGCCUAAAGAAUGUCCCUCGUCUGGUAAAAGUAUCUCUGGCAGGUUACAAUAUGAGGGCAGAGGAUCUUGAUUUUGCAACGGUUUUUGAGUCUUGUUUUGCUCUUGAGCACCUCCUCUUGAACUUCUUUAAUAGCGAGAUCUUUGCUGAAGAAGGAUAUGAAGCACCAACAAGGCUUCCCUUUGAUCUUAGCGUCAAGCGAUUUUAUCUGCUUCAUAUUUAUCUGGAUGACACAUAUAAGCUUUCAUAUGCUCUUUGCUUGAUAAGAAGCUUCCCAUAUUUAGAAUAUCUCGAAAUACAGGUUCACAGUGAAGCUGAAGAUGAUGAUAGUAUUCUAGAAUCCCUUGAACUCGAGCGUUUCUCAGACGUGACAUUUAAUCACCUCAGGGAAGUUAAGCUAGAUUGCUUUGGAGGAACAUUGCCUGAGAUGCAACUUAUCAAGCUUUUGUUAGCCAAGUCGCCAAUGUUGGUGAGAAUGCUAAUCGAUCGACGGUGUCUAGAUCAUGAACCUCUUGACACAAGAUUAAAAAUAUUUGCCGAGGUAUCAAGUUUUUCACGUGCAUCACCUAAAGCAGAAGUAGUCUAUGAUAUAUCCAAGUACCAGAUAACAUAUAUUUAAUCAGAUCAUGAACUUUGACUGAAAUAUUUUGUAAGUCAGAACUGAAUAGAUAGAACGGUAUAACAGUCUGUUUUCUUUGUGAAUAUCUGUUUGGGAACAUCAUGGCCAUUUCUGAAUUUAUGUUUUUAUCAGUUUGUUCUGUAAUAACAUUGUCUAUCACAUGCUAAGGGUUUUUACUUGUAAUACC